CAUUCUGCUCUGAAAAAAGGAAAACGCGUUUCCGUCCUUUACACGACGUUAUCUCCCUGCCUAGCUACUUUGUUUCUUUCUCCAGAUUCUUUAGAGAAUGGCGAAUAAGGCGUAUUUGUCGCGUAGAUGAAAGUCAGAUCGUCGCUUUCCGGUCGGGUUACAUUCCCUCGCGUUACGCAGUCCUUCAAGAUGUUUCGCUGACGCGACACCGCAGACGCGGCAGCGAAGACGCAACCGUAUUCGGUUUGGUCUUAUUAUCUAACGUAUUGAGAGUCUUACCAGCACCGACAAUUAGGUUUUAAAUAUCUUGUAUCAAUAGCGCGCAAUGGCGAUCACUACAACUCCAGCAACGCCCGAGCGAUUCGGGUGGUCGGGACCCAAAUCCGCGAGCUCGUCUCCCGCAGGACCGGCUAGCCGGCCGCUCCCCGGAGAGGAUCCUCCCCCGUCGUCCAAACUCCCGGAACGCCAUCCGUCGCCAAUGCGUUUGCCGUCUCCUAGACGGUUUCCGUCACCUAGACGGCAGCCGGCAUCUCCGACGCUGCUUGAUAGAGGAGCGAGCCGGUCGCUGAAGUUCGCACCGGCGGGAACGGCGCUCGUGAAGGAAAGCCCGGAUAAGGAACCGAGGGAAGGUUCGGCGAAGAAUGCGGGAGGGGAUAAUCCAGGGGAUAGGGAAAACGUUCGACGUCUAACAGGAACGGCUCCCUCUAUAGAACCGGCUCCUGUGGCAGCUCCCGCUACAGUCACCUCUUCUCAUGUCCUGAAAUCUUCUACCAGUAUUCCAUCUCCUGCUCUGAAGCCAUCUAGUGGCAUCCCGUCUCCUGUCCUAAAGCCCAUCAUGGCGCCAUCGUCCCCUCGCAGUAGCUUAAAGUCUUUAUCCCCAUCCGCCUCAACUGUUAUGGCGGCAGCUGCGGAAUCUGAAACUGGUUCGGCUGGUCAAGCGUUGAGAGCAGUAACCGCUUCGUUUGUUCCAGCGUUCAGUGCGAAGUUCGCAGAUGGAGCAACCGCAGCGGGGAAGUUCGCAGAUGGAGCAACCGCAGCGGGGAAGUUCGCAGACGGAGCAGCCGCAGCGGCGAAGUUCGCAGAUGGAGCAGCCGCGGUGGCGAAGUUCGCAGAUGGAGCAGCCGCGGUGGCGGCACCACGAGCGGCGAAGAAGAUCUCCCUAACGCCCGCGUUUCCCACCCACCCGGACAGAAGGCGGAGCUCCACACCCACGUUCGCGCGCACUGAGACGUCUCAAACCUCGUCCGCGCGUCCGGAGCGGAAGUGGAGUCCCGCACCCGCGCUCUCGCGUCCGGAGCGGAAAGAGAGUCCUGCACCCACGCUCUCGCGUCCGGAGCGGAAAGAGAGUCCCGCACCCGCGCUCUCGCGUCCAGAGCGGAAAGAGAGUCCCGCGCCCGCGCUCUCGCGUCCAGAGCGGAAAGAGAGUCCCGCCCCCGCGCUCUCGCGCCUGGAGCGGAAAGAUAGUCUCACUGGGGCACCCGUGCACGCAGUCUCGGAUCGGAAUCAGAAGCAGAGCCCGGGCCCGGCAGCACCAUCCAUCACGUCACGUCCUGAGCGGAACGACCCUCCUUCGCUCGAGCUAUCGCGAAGCGAGAAGACGGAGAGGGCGCAGAGGGUGGAGAGAGCGGAGAGGGCGGAGAGGGCGGAGAGAGCGGAGAGGGCGGAGAGGGCGGCGCUGAAUUGGCCGACCCGCAGCCACGGCACGAGAGUCGCAGCUGCGGAGCAGAGUGCAGCAACGCGAGUCAGCGCCCGUGGGGCUAGCGGAAGCGGUGACAAUAGCGCUGGAAGUGGGAGCACCGAAAACGGUGGCAACAGCCGUUGUGGCGGGCGAAGCGGAAACGGUGGCAGCAGUGGCGGUAGUGGGGGCAGUGGAAACGGUGAAAAGGCUAAUGGAACGACGCGUUUCCAAGGAGAAGAGGCGAAGAGAGGCGAUAAGGGAGUGGGAGAGGGUCAGGGGAACGGGACGGUAACAGCCGUGAAAGACGAGGAGAAAUUGAGUGGAGGAGAUGGGUGGAAGAAGGAAGGAGGCUGGGAAGGCGGGAUACUUCUUGCAGAAGAAGCAGGGAGAAAAGCCGGACUUGCAGGCAUGGCUGCGAGACGGUAUUCCUCAGGGGAGCUGGGAGGUAGGCUUGAAAAGGUGACUGUAACGGAGGGGUCCAAAGGGAGGACCGCUGUUGGCGGGACAGGUUCGUUAAGGUCACCAGUGGGAGAAGCAGUAGCGGGGGGAAAAGAAGCGGCAGGAAAGACGGUGGCUGGAAACGAAGCGGAAGCAGAAGCGUCAGUGUCAGUACCAUCUCCCCGUGCGAGCCUAACAGUAACGACAGGGACACAAAGAUAUGGGGCAGCACCAGCAGGAUCAGCAGCAGGCCUGGCAGCAGCGUCGGGGUUUACAGCACCAGUACCAUCUCCUGCUGUAGCAGCAGGAAAGGGAGAAGCUACCACCAAACAGCUGACAAGCGAAGGAGCCAAACCGAUGGCAGCAGCUGUCGAUGAAGCAACAACGACAGAUAUGACAGCAGCAGCACCAACAGUCUCAGCAGCAGCAGACUCAGCGGCAAAGGCAACGGCUUCAAGCAGAGGGACAGCAGCAGCGAUGGGGUCCGCCACAACGGGAGGGGCAGCAGCAGCAGCGGUGGGUUCGGCAGUGACAGCAACAGCGGUCGGGUUGGCAGCAGCAGUGGUGGGUUCAGGCACAAGUGGAGGGACAGCAACAGCGGUAGGGUCGGUAGCGGCAGUGGGGUCCACCGCCACAACUGGAGGAACGGCAGCGGUGGGGUCGGCAGCAGCAGCGGGGUCAGGCACAAGUGGAGAGACAGCAGCAGCAGCGGUGGGGCCCGCAAUGAAGGUGGCAGCGGUGGAGUCGGCAGCAGCAGUAGUGGGUUCCGCCGCAACUGGAGGGGCAGCAGCAGCGGCAGGGUCGGCAGCAGCAGUGGGGUCUGCCACAGCAGGAGGGACAGCAGCAGCGGCAGGGUCGGCAGUGACGGUGGCAGUGAACGUGCGGCCCAUGGUGCCCCAUGAGACAGCUGCCAGAUGCGUGGACUGCGUCAAGGUGCUGCCUGGAGGCAGGCCAGAGGUGCAUGUGUCCCCAGACUGGGUGUUCACAUACGACUAUGUAUAUGGCGGGGGAGGCCCGCACAUGUCGCUGCUCUUUGCUGACUGCAUCAUGCCCCUUGUGCACGGGCUGUUCGACGGGUACAACGCUACAGUGUUCGCUUACGGCCAGACUGGGUCGGGCAAGACCUACACCAUGGGAACUGCACUUCAGAGCAUGGCUGCUGCUGCUGUUGCUGCUGAGACCGGUAACAAUGGGGUUACCAUCAGCAGAGGUGUGGCAAAUAUUGGCACGGAAGGUAGUCUGAUCAGCAGCGACAGUAGCACUGGCAGCAGCACUGGCAGCCCCAGUAAAGCCGGUGGCAGCAGAGGCAGCGGGAGUGGGAGGAGCAAUGUGGUGGGGGCGGUGAGCCCAGAAUCAGUGGAGAAGGAAGGGGGGGUGGCCAGGCGGGUGGUCAACUCCCUCUUUCAACGCAUGGAGGAUCUCUCCCACUCGGCGCGCUUCCAGAUCCGCGUAUCCCUCAUAGAGAUCCACAAGGACGACAUCCACGACCUCCUCGAGUUCCUCGCCACCCCGUUCCCCUCCUCCGCCUCUGCCUCCCCCUCCACCGUAGCUGCCCUUGCUGCUGUCGCCGCUGCAGCCCGAGCCUCCCCCUCAGGCUCGGCGCCCCUAGGCUCAGCGCCGCCGCCUCGACAGACAGUGGCAAUCCGGGAGUUACCAGGCGGCGUGUCCCUCACGGGUGUUACAGAGCAGGUGGUUACCACACGGGACGAGGCCAUAGCCUGCUUGGAGCAUGGGCUGUUGUUCCGGGCAACUGGGAGUCACAACCUCAACCAGCGGUCCAGUCGUUCCCACGCUAUCUUCACAAUUUUCGUGGAUCAGUUCAGGCAAAGGGCAGCCGGCUCCCUGGACUCCACUUCUCGUCUUUCCACCCGCACCGCCACUUACUUAAGCACCAGCUCCAGCAGCAGCAGUGGCAGCGGCAGAGCUUCGCUUGAAAGCGGAGGCGGAAUGGCCAGAGCUGAUGAGAUGGGGCUGCCCGGGCAGGACGAAAAUGUUUUAUUCGGGGCUGGACGGAUGGAUGAGGAGCAUCUGUGUGCGAAGAUGCAUCUGGUGGAUCUGGCGGGUAGUGAACGAAUCAAGCGCACCAAGGCCGAGGGCGCACGGCUGAAGGAAGGCAUUCACAUCAACAGGGGUCUCCUCGCCCUGGGAAACGUGAUCAGUGCACUGAGCAGCGAUGGGAAGAGGAGGAAGGAUGCAACGUUGGCUUCAGGAGGGGGGGGCGGUGGAGGAGUGGGGCUGGCAGCAGCGUUGAUUCCUGUGCACGUGCCGUAUCGAGACAGCAAGCUGACGCGGCUGCUGCAGGAUUCCCUGGGCGGCAACAGUCGCACAGUCAUGAUUGCCUGUGUGAGCCCCACAGACACCAACGUGGAGGAGAGCCUCAACACGCUAAGAUACGCCAACCGGGCACGCAACAUCUGCAACCGGCCCACCGUGAACCGGCUGGGCACAGUGGAUGCAGAGGAGGUGCGGCGGCUGCGACAGCACGUGUCGUUCCUCCAAGCAGAGCUGGCCAAGAUUCCGCCCCCGCUGCCCAUCACGGGGGAAGAGCUGCAGGCGCUACAAGAGACUCUGGUGUCCCUUGAGGAAGCCAACUGCCAGUUAAAGCUUUCCCUAGAAAGCACACACCGAGAACUGGAGGUAACUCAGCAGAGCCUAGAAGCUACAAGGCAGGGGCUAGAAGCAGCAGAGGCCAGCUUGGGAACUGAGACCCAACGGGCAGCUGACAGCGAGGCGGCGUGCUCGGCGCUGCGUGCUGACCUGGACAGCGCCAUGUCAGAGAUCGAGCGGCUGCACGCUGAGCUGGCGGCGGCGAAGGAGGAGUCAGCAGCAGCGAGGGAGAAGCUAGAUGGAAUGAUGAGGAAGUCCCACGAGAAAGCCGGUAGGGGUGCUGCUGGUGCUGCUGCUGGUGGUGGUGGUGGUGCUGGUGCUGGUAGUACUGGCAGCAGUGCUAGGAGGUUGUCGGGAGGUGGGGGGGGAACGGCGGCGUUUGGGUCUGCUAGGAAUGGUGAUGAGGUGAAGCGAGUGAGGCGAGAGGCGGAUAGGGCGGUGGCAGAGGCGACCAAGAGGUCGGAGAGGGAAAGCAAGAGGGCCGAAGAUGCUGUUGCACGGGUUAAGAAGGCUUUGGAUAGAGCAACAGAGGCUGAGAAACGAGCACCUGAGGCUGAGAGACGGGCAGCAGAAGCAGAGAGACGGGCAGUUGAAGCAGAGAAGAAAGCAGCGGGGGCAGAGAGACGGGCAGCUGAAGGGGAGGAGAAAGCAGAGAGGGAGAGAAGGCGGGCAGAUGCUAGUGCUGAGCGAACUGGGUCUAUUGAGGCUCGGGCGGCCAAGGCUGAGGCAGAGGUUCGGGCCCUCCGUUCGGAGCUAGCCUCGGCGGCUGCUGAAGCGAUGGCGGCCACUGUCGCUCGGCAAGCCUCGGAGCAGGAGGAGGUGAGACUGGUUCGGAUGCGACUUGCCGAGGCUGAGCAGGAGGUUCGGGCGACUAUUGCUGCGAUGGAGAAGAGGUUCGGGGAUGAGAGAUCGGAGUGGGAGAGGCGGCUUGAUGCAGAGAGGAAGCAGUGGGAGGAGGAAAAGAGGGCGUGGGAGGAGGAAGAGAAGGUGUGGGAGAGACGAGUAGCACACGAACGGGAGACAUGGGAGAGGGAUUUCGCAGCAGAACUGGAAACACGGGAGAGGAAAUGGGCAGCGGAGCGGGAGAUGUGGGAGAGAAAACAGAGGGAGGAAGGGGAGGCAUGGGAGAAGAAACUCACCGCAGCAGAGGAGAAGGCUGCAGGGGUAGCAGAGAGAAUCAGGGUGGAGGUUCAACGGGCAGAGGAGCAGGCUGUUGCUGGGGUGCUGCAGGAGAAGAGACUUGUGGAAGAGAGGGCUACUGCUGCUGAGAGGGCUUUGGCAGGGGAGAAGGCGAUGAUAGAAAGGAGAAUGGCGGAUUUGAGAGCAGAGGUGCGGAAAGCAGUUAAGGAGGAAGAGGCUGAGUGGCUGGCCAUGGUUACUGCUGAAGCUGAACGGUUGAGUGAGGAGUGCAAUGAGUUGAGGAGAGAGUGUGGGGAGUUGAGGAGAGAGUGUGAGGGGUUGAGGGAGCGGGAGAGAGAGGAGAGGGAGAGGAGGGAGAGGGUGGAGGAGAGGGCUGUGAGAGCCGAGGCUGCUGCUGCCGAAGCUGAGGCUCGGGUGGCUCGGGAAGUGGAGAGCGUGCAAGAUCAGGCUCGGAAAGAGGCUCGGGAAGAGGCAGAGAAAAUGGAGAGUGAAUUGGCAGAGGUUUGGGCGCAAGCAGAGGCAGAAGCAAGGAAGGCAGAAGAUGCGACAGAGAGGGUAAAGGAAGCAGAGGAGCAGGUGAUUAUAUUGAAGGUUAAGAUCGAGGGGUUAAGGGAGGAGUUGAACGAGCUCGAAGCUGCUCUGGAGGAGGAGGAACGGAAGGCGGACGAAGCAGAGAAGCUGCUGGCUCGGGCCCGAGCCAAGCUCGCCGAGGUGGAGUCUCGGGCCGAAGCUGCAGAGGGGCGGGUGGAGGAGCUUGAGGGGGAAGUGGAGAGAGCGAGAGAGGCGGAGGAGGCGGUGAGGACGGAGUGUGAGGUGUUGAGAGAGUGUGUGCGGGCGGCAGGGGAGAGAGUGGGGGAGUUGGCGGAGAGAGUGAGGAGGGGUGAGGGUGCCGCAGAGGAAGCUGAGGAGAGGGUGCGGGGAGCGAAGGACGAGGAGAGGAGGGCGGAGAGGAAAGCGAGUGAGGCUUUGGCUGUAGUGGAGGAAGCAGAGGGGAGGGCUCGUGCUGCUGUGAGGGGGAGGGAGGAGGCGGAGAGGAGAGCAGAGGAGGCGAGGGGGAGGGCGGAGGAGGCUGAGAGGAAGGCCGCUGCUGCUUCGGCUGCGCUUGUAGAGGCGGAGGCACGGGUGAGGGAGAUGGGGAGGAGGGGGGAGGAGAGGGGGGAGCGUGAGGAGGAGAGUGAGGUGGGCGAGAAGAACGAAGUGAGGGGAUUGCGAGGAGAAGGGGAGGUGGAGGAGGUGGUGGUGGGGUUGGUGUGUGCAAUGCUGGAUGGCGCGAUGAUAAGGGCGACUCAAGCACAGGAGAGGGAGCUCGUGCGGCAGGAGAAGGAGAAGGAGGAGGAGCAGGUAUGGCAGGAGAGGCACGACCUUGAGAGGCACAGUCUUGUGUGGGAGGAAAAGAGCUGCCUUGAUUUGGAGGAGAAGGAGCGAUCUGGGGGAGAAAGGCAGCCAGGGGAGGCUUUCUCGGGGGAGGCUCGUUUGGGGGAGGCUUGUCUGGGGGCGGGUGAACUGCAGAUAGGGGAUGAGCGGAGGAGAGGGGAGGAGGAGAUUGAGGACGUGGUGGUGGGUUUGGUGGGACAGAUACUGGAUGGCAAGAUGAUGCUGCUGCAGGCUCAGGAUCAGGCUCGGGAGCAGGCUUGGGAACAGGCUCGGGAACAGGCUUGGGAACAGGUUUGGGAACAGGCUUUGGGGCAGGCUAGGAAGCAGGCUCGGGAUGAGUCGCAGCUGCAGGUUCGCCAGGCAGAGGAGAGGGCAACCGAGGCAAAGGAGCAGGUUCGGGGAUUGGAGCAGCAGCUGGUAAGGGCAGAGGAGCAGGUUCGACAGGCUGGGGAGGAGAUUGCGGGGCUCAGGGCUGAGCUGGCGGAGAAGGUUGUUGAGCUGGCAGGUAAGGUUGCUGAGCUGGCAAAGGUGGUGGAGGAGAAUGAGAGGGGGAGGGGGGAAGUGGAGGCAAUGAGGCAAGCGAUCGAGGAUCUGAGAGGUAAGCUGAGAGUGAGAGAGGAGGAGAAGGGGCAGGUGGAGGAGCAUGUGGAAUGGCUUAUGAAAGAGCUGGGGGAAGAGAUGGGGGAGAGGGAGAAGGAGAAGGAGAGGUGGGCGGGGGAAGUGAAUGUGUUAGGGAGGGAGGUUGAGGGUUUGAGAAUGAGGGUGAGGGAUGGGGAGCAGGAGAAGAGGCGACUGGAGGAGCAUGUUGAGUGGCUGAUGAAGGAAUUGGCUGAAGAGAUGGGUGAGAAGGAGAAGGAGAAGGAGAGGGGGUUAGGCGUGGUGAAUGCGUUAAAGGAGGAGGUAGAGGGAUUGAGAGGGAAGUUGAGGGAAGGGGAGGAGCAUGUGGAGUGGCUGAUGAAAGAAUUGGCUGAAGAGAUGGGUGGGAAGGAGGGCGGGACAGGGGAAGUGAAUGCGGCUAAGGAGGAGGUCGAGGGCCUGGGAGGGAAGGAAUUAGCAGAGGUGGUGGGUGAAAAGGAGAGGGGCGAGAGGGAGCGGAGGGAGCUGAGGGAGAGAGAGGAAGAGGGGGAAAAUGUGGAGGAGAAGAGAGGCGGGGAGGUGGAGAGGCAGAGAGGGUGGUUUGAGGCGGUUGAGGGCGAGAGAGCAGGCUCACAGAAGGCAGUAUCAGUAGCACAGGCAGAAACAGAGGAAAAUAAAGGAGCAGCAGCAGAAGCAGAGGCUGAAACAGAGGCAGAGAGAGAGGAAGAUAGGGCAGCAGGAGCAGGAAUAGAAGAAGACGGCAUAGCCGAAGCAGAAAACGGGGGAGAAGCAGACUCAGGAGGAAUAGGGGCAACAGGAGGAGCAUCAUGGGGAUGGGACGAGAUAGCUCCAUCCUCGCCGUCUAAGGGCGUUGCAACUCCGGAAGAUAGAGAUAACGAGAAAGAGGGCUCUCCUUUCGUCACCCCCACCUCCUCCCCCCCUGCCUCGCCCCCCACUCUCUUCCCCCGCCUGAUUCCCUCCGCUGGCUGCUCCGAGCACGACGGUGGUAUUGCGGCCUUGCCUAUGUCUGCCAGUGGCAGUAGCAAUGGCGCCACCUCGGCCUUGCUUCUGCCUGUAAUAGCCGACGGUGAUGGGGGGACCUGUGCUGUGCCUUUGCCUGCAGAGAAACAACCCUGGAAUCCGUUCCUCAGCGCCCCAACUGACGUGCUGGUGGGCGCUUGUGAGGUGAAACCACCUGUUGUGCUGGAGGUGUGCGAGAUGAGCUCGGCUAAUGCGGUGGCAACGCCGGAGAGGGAGUCAGUAAACGCCGUGGAGGUGUGUGCGGAGGGACCAGCAGGGGCGGCCUUCCCCCCAUAUAAUCCGUUCCUGGUCUUGCCUGAGGCGGCUUUUGAGGACGCCCUGAUUGCUGGCAGUGUUAGCAUCACCAGCAUCACUGGGAGCAGCGCUGUCAGGAUUGCUGAAAGUAAGGCCAUGCCAGAGGCGCCCUUCGAACAAUCCCUUACUGCUGGCAAUGCUGGCAAUGCUGGCAACGCUGGCAACGCCAGUAUCACUGGGAGUGGCACCGAUUCUUCCCCUCCUGUCAGCAGCAACCCAUUCUUGCGCCCCUGGCUGAACCUUGAUGGGGAGGAGAGCGGUGGGGAGGAGGAGGGGGAAGGAGAAGAGAAGAAGGGGGAUAGUCGAACCGGUGUUACACGUGGUACCGUCACUGUCACUAGUGUUACCUCUGCUGCCGAUGCCAGCAGCAGCAGCACUAUCAUCAGCAGCACCACUUGUGUUGGUGCCACUACCACAUGCACUGGCACAGGCAAUUCCUCUUGUCUGGCUAGUCCCAGCAAUUACACUUGUACUAGCAGCAGUUGUGCUAGCAUCAGUGCUGCUGGCACCACUGCUGGCACCACUGCUGGCACCACUGCUGGUAUGACUGCUGCUGGUACCACUGCUGGUAGCACUGCUGGUACCACAGCUGGCACCACAGCUGGCACCACGGCUGGUACCAAGGCGGGCUUCAUGCGUCUCCCUGGCUCCCCUUGCCUAUCCUCUCGCGGCCCCCCUGCCACCGCUGCUCGUUCCAUUCUAGGCAACACCAAGCCCCUACAUCUCACCCUCUCACCCCUCCAUCCCACCCACUCACCCCACCCUCUCACCCACUCACUGCCUGGAUCUGAGGCGUCUCAUCAUGUCUCCAACAUCCCUCCCCUGCAUCCUUACCCCUCCUCUUCGGCUGCUGACCCCCCAAGUGCUGCAGCCAUAGCUGCUGCUGCUUGGGCGCCACGCCAAGGAGCGUUUUCUGAGGGGCAGGGAGAACCCGCAGCGGCAGGGGGAGCAGCAGCUGAGGUGGUGCCUCCAGCUUCGGUUGUUUCAGCUGCCAAGGUUGCUGGCCUUGGCAGUGUGCUGGUAGCAGUGGGAGGGCAGGGUGGUGUGGGUGGUGUGGGUGGAGGGGGUAAGCACUUACGUGAGGCUUGCUCUGCAGAAACGACUGCAACCGGCCUGAGCAACAGCCGCCACGCUCGGCGACAUGUGGGGCUGGAAAAUAAGCGAGAUGCUUAUGUAAGCGAGGAGAUAGUGGAAGUGUUUGAGUUGGUAGAGGGAGAGAAGGAGGGGGCAGAAGAGGAGGUGGAAGAGGAGGAAGAGGAGGAAGAGGAGGAAGAGGAGGAAGAGGAGGAAGAGGAGGAAGAGGGGGAAGAGGAGGAAGAGGAGGAAGAGGAGGAAGAGGAGGAAGAGGAGGAAGAGGAGGAAGUGGAGGAAGUGGAGGAGGAAGAGGAGGAGUGGGGAACAGAGGGUCGGGCUACCGAUGAGGGGGGUGACUUUGAGGGCGAUGCGUUUAAGAGCUCUUCAGUGGCCAACACCAGCGGUAACAAUUCCAACGCGAGCACUACCACUCCCAACAACAGCAGCGGCAGCAGCAGCACCAGCCGAGGCAGGAUGCCCCCUGGCGCAGUGGCGUCCGCAGCAGCCAUGCUGAGCCGACUGCGAGGCUCAGUCAAGUUGGGGCAGAGCACCAGACGCAGACAAAUCUUGCCGUCCAAACACAAGGCACGGGGAGGAGCAGGGCAGGGAGAGCAGCACGGAGAAGGCGAGGGUAAGAUGUGCCCUUCUCUCCCAGCAGGGAGCAGCAGUGGGGAUGGCAGUGGUGGAUCAGGGGGCUUUGGGAUGGGAGAUCAGGGCACAUGGCACGUUGAAACAGGCUAUGUCGAUGGUGAUGCAGGUGGGGUGGGCAGCAGCAGGGAGGGGGGGAGCAGCCGAGGGGAGAGCAGCAGUCAGGUUGAGGGCAACAGUCCUCUGAGCCAUGCUAUGCUUGAGCCGUUCAGUGACCUGGCGGCCCCGACAUUCCUUGAUCACUCGGAGUUUGACACUCACCUGGACCUCAACACUGGCCUGAAAGAAGGAGCGAAUGGCAAAGAUGCCCACGGGAAGCGCCGCAGCAUUGUCAGCAGCAUUCUCAGGCGGAAGAGUGGGGAGCUGCACAGCAUGCACCAUGAUCUAAGCGGUUUCAGUAAAGGGAGGAGUGGGGAGUUGCACAGCAAGCACCAUGAUACAAGCAGUUUCACUAAGGGAAAGAGUGGGGAGCUCUACAGCAUCCACCACGAUGCACACAGUUUCACCGGUGGGAAGAGUGGAGAGCUCUACCGUAGCAGCAGUAGCAGCAACCACAGUGGGACCAUGGGUGCCGAAAGAAAAGGGUCUUCCUCGCCUUUUAAGGGAGGCCGCUUGAUUCGAAGCAAUAGCUUUGGAAGCCUUUCCUUCGUUGCCAGUGGUGGCAGUAGCAGUGGCAGUGGCAACGACAUUAACAGCAAGGGCAAAGGCACCAUGGACAGUGAGACAGGAGUGGCCAGUGAUAGCAACGGUUACAGUGCCAAGAAGAGUUCUGGAUCUCCCUUUCUGGGGGCCUCCUUGGGCUUCAAAAAUCGCAGCAGCCAAAAGACCAGCGGCAGCAAUGGCCCGGCCAGUGGGAGCAGGGGGGUGGGACCCUCAAGAUUAUGGAGCUCUCCUGUUGUAGGACCGCGGCGAAGUGAUGCGAGAGGUCAUUCCAAGAACCUGGUGGUAGGGACGGCGGCUGCUGCAGAUGAGGAGUUCAGUGCAUGGAAAGGGUUGGACACGGAAUAUGAAGGAAGCAGUAGUUAUAUGGGAGGAGGAUCAGGACAAGCUGGAAGAAAAAAGAGUUUUAGCUUGAAGAGUGUCCUUUCUCCUAAGACGAUAGGCAGCCCAUAGAAAUGGUAGGGAUAGUAGGGAUUGUUUAGAGCACCAAUGACAUUUUCUAACUAGUGUCCAAUAACAGCUCUUAACUCACGUGGAAAUAUCA